CACUUUUUACAUUUUCCUGUUCUAUAUGUUCCCGUUUAACACUACAGUGGAAUAGUUAAUGCUUCUUCUGGUGCAGUUCAAAGAAAGAAAAUGAAGAAAAAAGGAAAAAGUGAAAAUAUUAGCCCAUUACAUGCGCUCUUGCCUGGCGCUAAAAUCACCAAUGGAGGCGGUAAGAUUUCCGUGAAUGUUGGAAUUUCUGCAGAAACACUUAUAUUUAAUAUCGGCGGAGUGAAAUUUGAGACAUAUCGAUCAACUCUGUAUAAACAACCCAGAAGUCCACUAGCUAAACAUGAAUUUUUGUUGAAGCAUUAUAGGCCGGAAUUCAAAGAUUAUUUCUUUGACAGGGAUCCGGAUACAUUUAAGGUUGUGUUGAACUAUUUACGUACCGGUGAACUCCAUUUACCAACGUAUAUAUGUGGUCCAGCUAUUAAAACGGAGCUUGCAUUCUGGGGAAUACCGGAUGGACUUAUAGAAAGAUGCUGCAGUGUGAAUUACAAUUCGUACAACAAAACUCUUGAGGCACUAAACCAACUUGAACAUGAUCGAAAAGGAAGUUUUAUUUUAUCACAAGAAGACAGCAAUUCUCAAAAUAUUACAAAGAUAGAUAGAUUCCGGACGAAAGUGUCACUUGUGCUAAACCAACCAGAUUCAUCCCUUAUGGCAAAGGUUUACGGUGUGAUAUCAUUACUGGUUGUUGCACUAUCAAUAAUAUCCUUUCUUGCCGAAUCACACCCUGCAUUCCGCAUUACAGAUUACUACACUGAAGUCACGCGUGUGUUUAACGAAACAUUGAAUUCAACAAUCGACGUAGUGACAGAAAAAUCAGAAGAAGUUCCACACCCGGUGCUACUAAGGAUGGACUUAGCGUGUAUGAUAUUUUUUACUAUUGAAUACUUAAUAAGAGUUCUUACAGCACGAAAGCGAUUACGGUAUAUGCGUUCAGUAAUGGGCGUCAUCGAUCUGGUUGCAUUGUUGCCAGACUAUGUUCAGCUACUAAUAUUGGCCUUUGAUCCUGCUGUUGCGGGAACGGACACAGCCAAGAUUAUUGCCAUUUUGAAAGUUACACGAGUACUCCGGAUUUUCCGUCUGGUCCGGCAUAUUCCCGGACUUUGGAUUUUAAUUUAUACUUUAAAAGCAAGUCUGAAAGAGCUGUUGUUGAUGACUGCGUUUUUAAUGGUGGGAAUGCUGUUAUUUUCAUCUCUAAUCUAUUUUGCUGACGACAGAGCUACAUUCACAAGCAUCCCACAUAGUUUCUGGUGGGCUCUUAUCACUAUGACAACUGUCGGUUAUGGCGACAUGUAUCCCGUGACCGCAUGGGGGUAUGUGAUUGGUUCACUUACUGCCCUAUCUGGUCUACUAAUGAUUGGAUUCUCAGUACCUAUUCUUGUCAACAACUUCUUGAUGUAUUAUAAAUCUGUUGAGAUUGCUUUAGAAGAAGAGAGACUGACACGUGCUAAGCUUUGCCAGGAAUCAUCGCACAGUACUGAUAACAAUGCCAAACUCGAAUUAUCAACCAAUGAAAACAAUAACAAAGGUGAAAAUAUAUUUACUUUGGAAAUGAGUGAGAAACUGUGAAAUAUUUAUACGACUACAACGCAAUAUAGGUUAUAACGAUAAAUAUACAUUAUUGAUAAUUAAAUUUUUUAAACUUUAAAUGCGAGGUCAAUCUGAUAGGUCGGGAAAUUACACGAGGGAAAUUUAACCA